CCAAGCCACAUCUCGACUUUGCUCCCUUCGACUGUGUUUCCUUACCGUGCGCUCGACCCAUCUGACAGCACCGAAUCGCCAUAAUAGCGAACCUGCCUACGAUGCGUGAAAUUGUAUGCAGCCUAGGCCCGACUUGACGCACAAUGGAGCUCAUACGGCUGACUUUGCGGCCCCUAUUUGCGUCUAGGUGCACCUCCAGGCCGGCCAGUGCGUAAGGAUUUGAUUCGUGUCCAACGGUUCGCCGAUCCUGAAUAAUGAUUUCACAGGGCAACCAAAUAGGUUCUGCCUUCUGGCAGACUAUUGCCGGCGAGCACGGCCUAGAUAGUAAUGGCAUGUAAGCACACUGCCCGGUGGCAGCACGGAAUGUCCCUUUGAUCUCACGUUCAUCUAGAUACCAUGGAGACUCCGACCUGCAACUCGAUCGGAUGAGCGUCUACUUCACUGAGGCGUCGAGCAACAAAUAUGUCCCACGCGCUGUGCUCGUGGACCUAGAGCCUGGUACGAUGGAUGCGGUUCGCGCCGGCCCAUUCGGUCAACUGUUUCGCCCAGACAAUUUUGUCUUUGGACAGUCAAGCGCCGGCAACAACUGGGCCAAGGGCCACUACACUGAAGGCGCUGAAUUGGUCGACCAGGUGCUCGACGUAGUCCGUCGCGAGGCCGAGGGCUGCGACUGCCUGCAGGGCUUUCAAAUCGCUCACUCGCUCGGCGGCGGUACUGGCUCCGGCAUGGGUACGCUGCUGAUUUCUAAGAUUCGCGAAGAGUUCCCGGAUAGGAUGAUGGCUACUUUUAGCGUCGUGCCGUCGCCGAAAGUGUCAGACACCGUGGUGGAGCCAUAUAACGCGACCUUGUCCGUGCAUCAGUUGGUUGAGAACUCGGACGCAACUUUUUGCAUCGACAAUGAGGCACUGCUAGAUAUUUGCAUGCGUACAUUGAAAAUAUCGAACCCUUCGUACGGCGAUCUCAACCAUCUUGUAUCCGCCGUCAUGUCCGGUAUCUCAACUUCAUUGCGCUUUCCCGGCCAGCUGAACUCAGAUUUGCGAAAGAUGGCCGUUAACAUGGUUCCCUUUCCGCGUCUACACUUCUUCAUGGUUGGCUUCGCACCACUAACCAGUCGUGGCGCGCACUCUUUCCGCCCUGUUACCGUACCCGAUUUGACCCAGCAGUUGUUCGACCCCAAGAACAUGAUGGCCGGCUCCGACUUCCGUAACGGCCGGUACCUGACCUGCUCCGCUAUCUUCCGUGGCAAAGUGUCCAUGAAGGAGGUGGAGGACCAGAUGCGCAACUUGCAGCGAAAGAACUCGGCUUAUUUCGUCGAAUGGAUCCCCAAUAACAUACAAACGUCGUCAUGCUCCGUCCCACCACAAGGUCUGAAAAUGUCAUCCACCUUUAUCGGCAAUUCGACCGCCAUCCAGGAGAUUUUCAAGCGCGUUGGCGAGCAGUUCACCGCCAUGUUUCGCCGCAAGGCAUUUCUGCACUGGUACACGGGGGAGGGCAUGGACGAAAUGGAGUUUACGGAAGCCGAGUCCAACAUGAAUGACUUGGUAUCAGAGUACCAGCAGUAUCAGAAUGCGACCGCGUACGACGAGGAGGAGGCCGGAUACCGUGAGGAGGAGUAUGCCGAGGAGGAGGUCCCAGGUGAGGGGCUCACCUAAAUUGUAAUGGCUCUGCGACAAGGCACCUGGCUUAGUUUAGUGUCCCCGGCUUGCCAUCGUCGAGUCUAGAUGUCCAACUUUUCUGCUUUCGGCUUCUGUUUCCUUUUCAACCAGGCACUGCUUUCGGCUCAAAUGAACCUGCGCACACCCGAUAACUUCGUCACGGCC